UUAACCGAUUAAUUUUAGUGUAUCUCAUUAAGUGUAAUCAUCAGAGUGUUAAACUGUUUGCUUAAUUGUUUAUUGUGACAGAAAAAUUAAUGAAAAUGUACAGACAACAAUUAACAACACUGAUUUUCAUCACAAUCUUUACUGUGUCAGUUAAUUGUUUCGCUAUUCAAUACGCCAAUAAAGCAGCAAAUGAAUUCACUCCUAUUCCCGUUACUGAUCCAUUGGUUAUUGAUGAUGUUCAGUUCGUAAUCAAUCAAAUUAACUCAUUAUCAUCGUCUAAAUAUUUGGUUAAAUCAAUAAGAAUUAAAAAAGCGUUUAUAUUGUUGAAGGAAUAUGUUAGAUUAACAUUUGAUUUAGCAGCUACGAAAUGUGCCAAGGAUUCACAAAGCCCUUUGGACAAAUGUCCGAUUGAUAAAACAAAGCCAAUAACAACUUGUGCUGAAGUAAUUGUUGACAAUACACCUUGGAGAGAGGUCAAGAAAAAGAUCACCAAUUUCGGCAAUUGUAAACCCUAAAUUGUCAAUGACAAUCAAUUUGAUGAUAAUUGUGGAAACAAAUCCAACCAAUCUAAGCUUUAAUUGUUGUUAAUUGUUAUCGUUUUCCAGUUCAUCUCCACCGACACAAUCACAAUAACUUUCGUACCAAAUGCUUAUAACUAGCUGAUUGAAUCUUGACAAUUAAACAUGAAAAUGAAGAUAUAAUAACUUA